GACGGGACGGGACCCAGCGCCCCGCGGGCCAUGCCCCUCCUGGCCACGGCGCUGGCCGCCCUGCUGGCCACGGCUCCAGCCCCAGAUGUUUGUGAGGCUUUAAAUGUGACAGUCUCUCCUGGGCCAACAGUGCGAUACUUUGAGGGAGAUAAUGCUACCCUUUAUUGCCACAUUUCUCAAAAGAGAAAGACAGACAAUUUGCUGGCUGUGCGGUGGGUCUUUGCUGCAUCACCUACCCAGGAGCAUCUGAUGAUCAAAAUGACAAAGUUUGGCUCUGUCCAGUAUUAUGGAAAUUAUACUCAUAAUUUCCAUAAGCAAAGACUUCAUCUUCUUAAAGAGAAAUAUGGAACUAUGUACAAAUUUCUUAUUUUAAGUCUCCAGCAAACAGAUCAAGGACGUUACAUAUGCAAAGUCCAGGAAAUCGGCAAACAUAGGAAUAAGUGGACAGCAUGGUCAAAUGGCACAGCAGCUACUGAAAUAAGAGUGAUUUCGUCAAAAUCUUCUGAUCAUCCGGCUUUCAAGAAAAAUCAUGAAGCUUGGAAAUUUUUUGAAGACCUAUAUGUGUAUGCAGUGUUUGUGUGUUCCAUAGGAAUCAUCAGCGUCCUCCUUUUUACACUUGUCAUUCUCUGUCAGUCACUCCUGAACAAGAGGAGAUCCACAGUGAAGCAUUACCUGGUGAAAUGCCCCCAGAACAGUUCCGGGGAAACAGUUACCAGUGUGACAAGCCUGUCUCCUCUACAGCCUAAGAAGGUAAAGAAAAAGAAAGAGAAACUGGAACAGCCACCAGCCAUACCAGCAAAAGCUCCAAUUGCCAAUAACUUCCCUAAGCCCAAGCUCUUGAAACCUCAAAGAAAAUUGAUCCUGCCAAAAAUUGCAGAGGAGAAUUUAACAUAUGCUGAACUUGAACUUAUGAAGCCGAUUCAAGAAACCAAAGGCAUUCCCAGUACGACAGUCUACGCACAGAUACUCUUUGAGGAGAACAAGCUGUAAUAGUUCAUGCCUGUAUAAAUGUUUUAUGUCUGUGUUCUAUUUAA